AUGGGGUUCCCUAUUCUACCAUUUUUCACUUCCAGUGAGGAACUGAAAACUGUUGCUGGCUCCAAACCGUACCUUGGUCUUACGGGCCAAGCAUUAUUGGACUUGACUAAGGUUUCGGUCGAUGAUGCAAUUGCGUUUAUUGAAAACAACUCUGCUUACAAGUUUGUGUGUGGUCUCCUCGGCGCAAGCAACACUUUAUCUGAUGAUGAUGUUGUCCGUCUCCUGAACAACGGGGUUUCCGUUUUGUUCUUGCAAGACUGCAGCAUGGCUGCACCCUUGGUUCAGCUAGGCGUCCCCAAAGAAAGACUAGCGGUCCUCGAAGGUGCCACUUACACUUGCAAUUUCGGAGUUGUUCAAAAAUUCAGUACCAGCCAGAUCGUCGAGGCAUCCGCGCUCUCUACUGAUAAGCUAGCUGAUGCGUUAUUCUCAAGCUUGAAGACUGAUCGUGAUGACAAACUGUACACAACUCUUGUUGUGGACACUCACGAACGUUGUUUAGGGCUGGUUUAUUCAUCCAAAGAAUCUAUUAAGCAGGCUUUCGAACAGCAAGUCGGCGUGUACUACUCUCGCUCCAGAAACGAGAUUUGGGUCAAAGGCCUCACAUCUGGUAACACGCAAAAGUUGGUUAACAUCAACAUAGACUGUGACGGAGAUGCACUAAAGUUUGUUGUUGUUCAAGAGGGCAAGAAAUCUGACUUCUGUCACCUGAACACUACCUCAUGUUACGGUGAGUUCCAGCAGGGACUGGUUGGGCUUGAGGGCUUGUUGCGUCAAAGGCUGGAGAACGCUCCUGAAAAGUCUUACACGCGCAGACUGUUCAGUGAUCCUGAGCUUCUUACUGCUAAGAUAAAAGAAGAGGCUGAGGAGCUAACUGAGGCGGCUGACAAAAAAGAGGUGGCCUGGGAAGCUGCUGAUCUAUUUUACUUUGCUAUGGUGAAGUUGGUUGCUAGCGGCGUUUCUCUUGACGAUGUCGAGAGGAACUUGCAUGUCAAACACUUGAAAAUUACAAGAAGAAAGGGUGACGCUAAGGAGAAAUUCUUGCAGAAAAAACCAUCUGAGGAAUCUAAGGCCGAGGCUGCAGCUGAGACUGUUGACGACGGUUCUAUCAGCUUAAAUGUUGUUUCUGACCAGGACAAAAAAGGGGUUUCAGAAGCUUUGAGUAGGCCUAUCCAGAAGACGGCGGACAUCAUGCACCUGGUUAAUCCUAUUGUGGAAAGAGUACGCAAUGAAGGUGACAAGGCUCUGCUCGAAUUUACUCAGAAGUUUGACGGUGUUAAACUUGACUCUCCUGUUCUAGAGGCGCCCUUCCCAAAAGAGUACUUUGAAGGAUUAACCGAUGAAAUGAAAGAAGCUCUGGACUUGUCAAUGGAAAAUGUUCGCAAGUUCCACGAAGCUCAACUGCAAAAAGAAACUCUGGAAGUGGUCACUCAACCUGGUGUUGUGUGCUCACGUUUCCCUCGCCCUAUUGAAAAAGUCGGCCUAUACAUUCCAGGAGGUACUGCCGUGCUUCCUAGUACCGCUCUGAUGUUGGGUGUACCAGCUCGUGUUGCAGAAUGUCAGGAAAUUGUUUUCGCCUCCCCUCCACGCAAGUCUGAUGGCAAGGUGUCCCCAGAGGUCGUCUAUGUGGCUCAGAAGGUGGGUGCGUCCAAGAUCGUCCUCGCUGGUGGCGCACAAGCUGUUGCCGCGAUGGCCUACGGUACCGAAUCGAUUCCUAAGGUUGAUAAAAUUCUUGGUCCAGGCAACCAAUUCGUCACAGCUGCUAAGAUGUAUGUGCAAAACGAUACACAAGCGCUGUGUUCCAUUGACAUGCCUGCUGGACCUAGUGAGGUUCUAGUGAUUGCAGAUGAGAAGGCUGAUGCUGAUUUUGUGGCUUCCGAUUUGCUGUCGCAGGCCGAGCACGGCGUGGACUCGCAAGUGAUUUUGGUGGGUGUCGCCUUGAGCGAAAAGAAGGUCGCUGAAAUCCAAGACGCAGUUCACCGCCAAGCCUUGGAGCUUCCUCGUGUUGACAUUGUUCGCAAAUGUAUCGCACACAGUUCGAUCAUUCUCUGCGACUCUUACGAGACCGCUUUCGACAUGUCUAAUGACUACGCACCAGAGCACUUGAUUUUGCAGAUCGAGAAUGCUCAAGAUUAUGUCAAGUUGGUGUUCAAUGCUGGUAGUGUUUUCGUUGGCGCUUACACCCCCGAGUCCUGUGGUGACUACUCCAGUGGUACGAACCACACUCUGCCUACCUAUGGGUACGCCAGACAGUACAGCGGUGUCAACACCUCCACUUUCCAGAAAUUUAUUACUUCUCAAGUUGUGAACCCACAAGGUCUGGAGAAUAUCGGCCGCGCUGUUAUGAGCGUAGCUAAGGUUGAAGGCCUGGAUGCUCACCGUAAUGCGGUCAAAAUUAGAAUGCAGAAGCUAGGCUUGCUGCCAGAGAGCUUCCAGUAA